AUGCGUGAAGAAAAGAACGAUGAAUCCUCGAUGGUCCACCUUAUUAUGCAGAGAAAUGAACUAGCAAGUCAAUCAUCGUAUGUUCAAAAUAAAGAUGGCGAACUGAUCAAAACUCUUAGAACCUUCUGGGACACAGAAUCAAUUGGAAUCACAAAUCACGAUAUUGGGAAUCCAGAGGAAUCCAAGUUUUUACGUGAAGUUAGCUUUGACAAACAAGAGGGUCGAUAUCAAGUUAGGUUGCCUUGGAAAACUGAAGCAUUGCCACAAUCAAACGGAUAUUCAACGUGUGUUCGAAGACUUAGACAACUUCAUUCCCAUUUAAAGAAAGAUAAACAUUUGCUAAAUGACUAUGACAGUGUAAUCAAGCAACAACUCGAAAAUGGCAUAAUCGAAGCGGUUCCUGAGGAAGAUGAUGAUA